AUGUCAGAUGGUGAUGUCGAAUCCGACGCGACAGCGGCGGGCGACAGCUUCUUCAACAGGGAAGGAAAGGGAUUUCCCACUGCAGGACCUUCUCCCGAGCUAUCGGCGUCAUGGCCGAGCUUUCUUUUUUGGUCCUGGAUCGCUCCGUUCAUGCACUACGGCUACCGCAAAGUCGUGCAGGAGGACGACUUGUACGAGCUAAACCCGGUGGAGUCGACGCAGCAGAGCGUGGACUGCUGGAACCGUGCAUGGCAGACAGAGGUCGCCCUCGAGCAAGCACACGCGGAAAAGACGGGGCUGUCUCAGGGGGUUGAGGAGGGGAGGAAGCGCGGGAGGCGGAGGGUGUGGCGCGUGUGGCGGGUGCUGGCUCGUGCGUUCGGGCGGUACUACUUCGUGGCGGCCGUGUGGAAGCCCAUCUGGCUCGCCGCCGUCUGCACCCAGGUGUACGUGCUGAAGCAGCUGGUGGCAGCAGCAGCAGCGCCCGAACCGCCAGAGGCGUGGAGGGCGGCGCUGCUGGUGGUGGGCAUGGCGGUGACGUCCACGCUGCAGAGCGUGUGCAUGCACCACUGCUUCACUCGCUCCCAGAAGGCCGGCAUGCGCGUGCGAGCAUGCGUGUGCACGGUGGUAUACCACAAGGCGUUGGGAAUGAAGCAGGUGGCUCUGGGGGAGGCGACAUCUGGGCGCAUGCUGAACCUCAUCACCAAUGACACACAGAAGCUCCUAGAUGCCAUCACGUAUUUCCACUAUGUGUGGCUGGCAGUGCUGGACCUGACAGUCAUCUGUGCGUUGGUCAUAGUGGAGGCGGGAGUGGCAGCACUGGGGGGCGUGGCAGUCGUGUUCCUCAUCCAACCACUCAUCGUGUGGAUGGCGAAGAGAGUCGCAGCAUUGAGGCCCAAGGCGCUCAAGUUCACGGAUGCACGCGUGCGGCUGCUGGGGGAGGUGCUAUCUGGCAUGCGCGUGGUCAAGGUCAACGGCUGGACUGCUGCCUUUCUGGACCGCAUUCGCGCACUACGAGACAACGAGCUACAGUGGCUGCGCCGGGCGGCGUACGUGCGAUCAGUCAACUCCACACUCAAGGACUCCGUCACUCCUCUAGCGUCUCUAGCCACAUUUGGCAUCUACGUGGCGAUAAACGGCGACCUGCCACCCCAGACGGCCUUUGCAGUGCUGGCGCUGUUCAGCAUCAUGGUGCGAAUAUUCUUCAUCGCCCCCACCGGCCUCCAGUUCGCCGGGGAAGCCGUCGUCGCCGUUGAUCGCCUGGAGAAGUUUCUCGCGCUGCCCGAUGGGCAGGGCGGCUGCCCGGACGAUAAGAGGGCGGAGGUGGGUGACAGUGGGAGGCAAGGGAUGGAUGGCAUGAUCCCCAUACCGAUCCGAAAUUCUCAAAAUCAAUACCAUGUGCAGUUGAGGCCAGAGGCAGAGAGCAAGGGCGUGGUUGUGGCGCUCCAAGACGCCUCCUUCUCCUGGCAGCUGCCGCCCACCACUGCCCAGCAGCUUCCCUCCCGCACAGAGCAGCAGCAGAAAGCAGAGGGGGGCAAGGGGAAAGGCGCCAGAGGUCUGUGGAGGAGAAGGCUUGGCGCUCAGAAAGCGCAGGAGAAGAGGAAUGGAGCUGUUGGGAGCGUUCAGCCAGAUUGCACGCAGGGAGAGGCCAAGGAAGGUGAUGGCGAGGCAGGCAAAGAGAACGGCUUGCAGGAGGGUAGGCAGAAUGAAUUGGAAAAGGGGCAACAGCAGGAGGGAGAGGGGGUUGGUUCCUCGCUUGCUAUGCCUGCUGCUUCUGCCGAUGCUGUUGCUACGACAGCAGACGCUGCUGCUGCAGCAGGAGGGUUCCACCUGGAGCGAGUGACUAUGCAAGUGGAGAGAGGCGCGGUAGUGGCCGUCACAGGGGCGGUGGGCAGCGGCAAGUCCUCCCUCCUGCAGGCAAUACUAGAGGAGAUGCAGUAUGUGGGUGGCGCUAUGUGGGUGAGCAGUCUGGGGAACGUGGCGUAUGCAGCGCAGCAGCCGUGGAUUUUGAAUGCUACGGUCAUGGAGAACAUUCUUUUCGGGCAGCCCUUUGAUGCGGGCAGGUACCAGGAGGUGGUGUGUGCCUGUGCGCUGGACCGAGACAUCGCUGCCCUGGCCGCCGGGCACCAGACGGAAAUCGGCGAGAGGGGCAUCAACCUGAGUGGGGGGCAGAAGGCACGGAUAUCCCUCGCCAGAGCAUGCUACAGCAGCGCCCCCCUUGUUCUCCUAGACGACCCUCUAGCCGCAGUGGAUGUGCCUACAGCGAAGCACCUUAUAGAGAACGUGCUUCAAGGAGGGGUCAUGCAACGCGGUAACCGCACGGUCGUGCUCGUAACACACAACAGACGGUCGCUGGACGCGUUCUCUCAGGUGCUUCUGAUGACACAUGGGCGGCUGGGAUUGGCCGGGAGCGCGGAGGAGCUAGCAGAGGUGGGGGCGAUUAGCGGGAGGGAGAUGAAACGAGUGAGGAGUGUUGAAGCCAUGGCGGCGGCGGCUGCUGCUGCUGCUGUGGAAGCGGUGCCUUCAGCAAGAUACGAGGGGCGAGGAGGAUGGGAGAGCGGGGAAGGGGCAGGAGGAGGGGAGGUGUUGGGGGAGGUGGGGGGCGGGGAGGUGGUUCAAGGGGGAGGGGAGAAUGAAGGGGGGGUUGGAGCAGGAGGUGCAGGCGAGAGCAGGGAGGGCGGGGCACGUGAAGGGCAAGAGGCAGAGGUUGUGGAUGCGAGGCGGGGAGAGGAGGCGGAGACGCAAGGAGAGGAAGCGAUGUUGCAGGAUGGUGCCGUGAGGGAAGGGGAGAAUAGGGUUGCUGAUGGGAUGGCCGAUGGAGUGACUGAUGGGGCGGAUCAUGGGCAUAACGGGGUGACUGACGGGGCGUGUGGGGGAGAGAAUGGGGCAGUGUUUGGGGAGGGGGAUGGAAGGGAGCAGUCAGUGAAGUUGACAGAUAGGCAGAGGGAGAAGCGGGCACAGUGGGGGCAGAGGAGCAUGGGGCGUGUGACUAUAAAGGAGGACAGAGUGGAGGGGCAGGUCACUCGCGCGACCUACUGUGCUUACAUCAAGGCCGGAGGAGGAUUCGUGCUGUUUGCUGGGCUGCUGCUGGCCUUCAUGGUGGCUCAGACAGUGCGCACCCUCGUGGACUACUGGCUGGGCGUCUGGGUCGACCACAAAUACUCCCUCUCCUCAGGCCUGUACGUGGGCAUAUAUGCGGUGCUGACAGCGGGAGCCAUCGUGCUGUCGCUGCUGCGGGCCUUCUGGUUCACCCAUGCGGCCCUCGCUGCAGCGCGCCACAUGCACCACCUCAUGGCCGUGCACGUGCUGCGCUCCCCACUACUGUUCUUCGACCAGAACCCAGUGGGUCGAAUCCUCAACCGAUUCAGCAAGGACCAGUCUCUCGUGGACGAUCUCCUCCCAACCACCGUUCAGCAAACCAUGGAGCUAUUUCUGGGGUGCGCGGGGGCCAUAGCAGUCACGGCAGUGCUGGUGCCGUGGUUCCUCCUGGCGCUGCCGCCGCUGCUGGUGGUCUUCGCGCUGCUGCAGCGCCGCUAUCUGCGUGUGUCCCGCGAGCUAAAGCGUAUUGAUGGCCUCUCGCGCUCGCCCAUCUACGCUCACUUCGCUCAGAGCCUGCAGGGAGUGGUGUCAGUGCGAGCAUACGGAGCUGCCCCCGCCUUCCUGCAGCACUUCAUCGCACUGAUAGACGCCAACCACCGCGCCUACAUACAGUUCGUGCACUCCGGCCGGUGGCUCGGGAUUCGGCUAGACCUCUGUGCCUCUGCGCUCGUGACACUUGUCGCCAUCCUAGUGGUCGUUCUGCACGGCUCCCUGCCGGCCGGGUAUGCUGGGGUGAUUCUGGUGCAGUCCCUGCAACUUACCGGCCUGUUCCAGUAUGCGAUCAGACAAGCAGCAGAGAGUGAGAAUUACUUCACCUCUGUGGAGCGCAUCCAUGCCUUCAUGCAGCUGCCCUCCGAGGCCAGUCACCUCUCGCCACCUGGCACGCUGCCGCCCGCCUGGCCGGACAAGGGGCGAGUCGAGUUCUGCCACGUGUACAUGGCUUAUCGAGAGGACCUGCCUUAUGCACUCAAUGACCUCACCUUCACUGUGAUGGGCGGUGAGAUGGUCGGCAUUCUGGGGCGAACGGGGUCGGGCAAAUCCAGCCUGGCAGCGGUGCUCUUCCGAUUGGUAGAGAACAGCCGCAGCCGAGGCCACGUCAGCAUCGACGGCCUGAAUCUCACAGGCGUGGGGCUGGAUGACCUCCGGCAGCGCCUCUCCAUCAUUCCCCAGGACCCGGUGCUCUUCCAGGGCAGUGUGAGGCAGAAUCUGGACCCCUUUGGGCACUACUCCGAUGCUGAUAUGCUGGAUGCUCUCAGGCGCGCCCAUCUCUCUCCUGCCACGUCGCAUUCCAACCCCUCAGCACCGCCACCAACUCCUCCUCCCACUCCCAGCACUGGUGAAGCAGAAUUGGAGGACAAGAGUAGCAACAGUGCAAGAGACGGGAAUGGGUGUGUUUAUGAUUCGAUUACGCUGCUCAGGGAAUCCCCGUCUCACGCUGAGUCAGCUCCCACCACAAGGCUGCGUCCAGUGACUCUUGACAUGGACGUGUCUGAAAACGGGGAGAAUUUCAGUGUGGGGCAGAGGCAGCUUCUCUGUCUCGCACGCGCCUUGCUGCGGCAGUCCCGAGUGGUGGUGCUGGAUGAAGCAACCGCAGCCGUUGAUGGGGAAACCGACGCACUCGUCCAAGCUACAGUGCGCGAGCAGUUCGGUGCUGCAGGCAUGCGAGCUACAGUGCUCACUAUAGCGCAUCGCAUCGAUACCGUUAUUGAUGCAGACAGGGUGUUGGUGCUUGCGCCUGGAGGUAGGGUUGCAGAGUUUGAUACCCCGGCGAAUUUGUUGCGCCAGGGGUUGAACGAGCGUGGUGUUAGAAGUGGAAAAGGGGGGUCGGUGUUUGCUAGUAUGGUGGAUAACGCCGGGCCUGUGGUGGCAGCUAAGCUGUACGAGGCAGCCAUGGAUGCAGAGAGGAGGAACAAACAAAAUUGA